GAAGUCAGUGUCUAUGUUAUAUGUAUCCUUCAUCAUCACUGUUCUUCUUACUCUCAUCAUCUAACUUUCCUUCCAUCUUCUUCUUUACUUCAGCCGUUUCUGUGUAUUGAAUAUGACAGCUGGGAGCGUGAAUUACGUUAUAACGCCAUUCUUGAGCAAAACCUACGAUAUGGUUGAUGAUUCUUCAACCAACACGAUCCUUUCAUGGGGUAAAAACGACAACUCCUUCGUCGUUUUCAGUGCCGCCGAUUUCUCCAAACACAUCUUACCCAAAUAUUUCAAGCACAACAACUUCUCCAGCUUCGUCAGGCAAUUGAAUACCUACGGUUUUAGAAAGGUUGACCCUGAUCGCUGGGAAUUUGCACAUGAAGGAUUUUUAAGGGGUCAAAAACAAUUGUUGAAGACUAUCACUAGGAGGAAAUCUACUCAUGCAAAUGGUAAUAGUCAGCAACCAUCUAAGGUGCAGAACCCACAUGUUGGGUCAUGUGUUGAAGUGGGGAAGUUUGGGAUUGACGAAGAGGUUGAAAGACUGAAACGGGAUAAGAAUGUUCUUAUGCAGGAACUUGUUAGGUUAAGACAGCAACAACAAACGACCGAUAACCAAUUGCAAAAUUUUGGGCAACGUGUGCAAGUGAUGGAGCAGCGUCAGCAACAGAUGAUGUCGUUCCUGGCAAAGGCCAUGAAUAGUCCGGGAUUCAUGGCUCAGUUUUCACAGCAGCAGAGUGAAAGUAAUAGACAUGUUACCGCAGUUAAAAAGAGGCGGCUCCAGAGACAGGAAGAAGAUAAUUUAGCCACCAAGAAUCACCAUAAUCCUCUUGAUGGAAGUGUUGUCAAGUACCAGCCUUCGGUUAAUGAGGCUGCUAAAACAUUAUUUAGCCAGAUAUUGCAAAUGAACAAUUCUACAAGGAUGGACUCGUCCAUUAACAACCUUGAUGCAUUCCUUAUUGAUGAUAUUCCUUCAGGCAUUCCAUUAGAUAGCAGUAGUUCCUCCACCCAAGUUUCUGGUGUAACGCUUUCUGAGGUUCCACCUAUUUCUGGGCAGUCGUUUGUGGCAGUAGAAUCUCAAUUUCCUGUUAGUUGUAUGACCAGUAGCAUGUCUGAGGUACAAUCUUCCCCUGCUGUGUUGACUGACUGUGUCAAUGCAGCUGAGUUUCCUGAAUUAACAGCACAUAACUGUCAAGACAAUGUUUUGGAUUUUGGUAAAGUUGAAGGGAUGGCUACAGAAAGCAGCUUCGUCAAUCCUGAUCAAAAUUUUGUGGGGUCUGUCAGUGAGAUCAGUGAGAAUGGCAAGGAAUUGGACGUCUUAUCAGCUGUUUUGAAUGGGACACAGUCCUUGGAAACUGAUGCUUUUUCUCCUGAUGCAAAUGAAAUUUCUAAGCUUCCAGGAAUCAAUGAUGAAUUAUGGGAACUGUUUUUUAGGCCAAGCCCACUUACUGGUGACACAGAUGAAGAUAAAGGUAGCUGCUCUCUAGGAUAUGGUUUGACUAAGGACCAGGAAUUGUCAUUAGACAAGGAGAUUCAACAAGAAAAGAUGGACAAGAAACAACAUAUGGACCAUCUUACUCAACAGAUGGAACUUCUUGCAUCAGACUCAUCGUUUUGUAUAUAAUAUACUUAUAUAUAUGUUUUGCAUCUGAAGGUAAAAUUUUCAUGCUUGCCUUGGUGGUUCUAUAAUUGUUACUUGACUUGAAACUAGUGUAAAAUUGUCUGUCAUUAUUAGCAUGCUCCAAAUACUGUCUUUGCCUUCUUCAAUAUGAUGACCGUUGUACAGAUUGGGAAAAAGAUGGUUUAACAUGAAUGACUAUAUAAAAACAUCUGAUCUUGUUCCUAAAUGUAUACUGUAUUAUUAAUACAGAUGUUUUUUUUUUUUUUUUUUUUUUAUAUUUCGUUGGUGUACUAUAGAUGGAUUAUAUGCUUUCUUCAACAUUUCUCAAUAUUCCUUAUAUUCUGUGUACACAUUGGUGAGGUUUGGAAUCCCUUUAAAAGGGAUGUUUGGGAAGAAGAGGAAGUCUGCUAGAAUAUUUUGUUUUUUAUUUUCCAAUAUUAUUUGUUCAUGAUUCCUGCAGACGUUGAUGUCCUUUGCGACUGGAACAACAAAACCAUGCUUCCUACUUCUACAAAAACACCUGAUAGAUAUCAACAAACAAAGUGGCCCCCACCCAGUUUAAUGUUGUACUCUCUAUUUGGGGGACCAAAUGAAGUUCUAUUUUAAUUUCAUAUUUUCUUACUUAUAUUUUGAAUUUUGAUUUUGACAA